UGUUUAUGGGACUGCAGCGCUAAUUAGGCUCAUGAACUAACAAAUCUGCCUGCACGAACCCGGCGAGGAAAACGAUCACAUCCAUGGAUUAGUCUGGGAGUAAGCCGAGCACUUUUUAUUUUCUGGCUUCCUCGGCGCUGCAGCCUUUUCCCUCUCCAACUUAUUUUUGUACUGCGCAGAAAACUUUCCCCUUUUCUUGGGUGUGGAGUAUUUUUUAAGCGAGAGCGCCGCGCCGACUUCCACUUAAACUGGGGAACCUGGACUAUCAGACCAUGUUUCAACCUACACCCAAGAGGUGUUUCACUAUAGAGUCUUUAGUGGCGAAGGAUAAUCCUGUACCGGCGUCCCGCUCCGAGGAGCCCAUCAGGCCAGCGGCUCUCAGCUAUGCAAACUCCGGACAGAUGAACCCCUUUCUGAACGGCUUUCACUCCGGUGGCCGGGGCGUCUACUCUAACCAAGACUUGGUGUUCGCCGAGGCGGUCUCUCAUCAGCAAAACUCCGGCGUCCCGGUGCACCAGGUGGCCCCGCCGCACGCUUUGGCCGGUCAUCCGCUUUCCUCGUCACACAGUCCGCACCCUCUUUUUGCCAGCCAGCAAAGGGACCCUUCAACUUUCUACCCGUGGUUAUUACACAGAUAUAGGUACUUGGGUCACAGAUUUCAAGGUAAUGAAACGAGUCCAGAGAGCUUCCUUUUGCACAACGCGCUGGCCAGAAAGCCCAAAAGAAUCCGGACAGCGUUUUCACCCUCGCAACUCCUGCGGCUCGAACACGCGUUUGAGAAAAACCAUUACGUGGUGGGAGCAGAAAGAAAACAGCUCGCCCACAGCCUUAGCCUCACAGAAACUCAGGUAAAAGUGUGGUUUCAGAACCGGAGGACGAAGUUCAAGCGACAGAAGUUGGAGGAGGAAGGCUCGGAGUCUCAGCAGAAGAAGAAAGGUUCGCAUCACAUAAACCGGUGGAGAAUGGCGACGAAACAGGGGAGCCCAGAGGAAAUUGAUGUCACUUCGGACGAUUAAAAAAAACUCAAGACAGACAAUAUGGUCGUUCGCGUGAAGGAGGAGGACAUGGAUAAAGGAUGUCGUGUAGAGACAAUGAGAGGGUAAUAAGCCAAUGUCACAUUUCAGAUCUCCGGGGAUCGGCAGCUGAGGGUGAGAGAAACCCGGCUGGUGGCACUGCUGUCACCGUGUGGGUCCGUCAAUCCACUUGAGCCGGGGAAACGUGACUGACGGUGUCUCAGUCCACCCACCUGCACCCUUCCACACACCAACCACCACCACUACAACCCCACAUCAUCCACCACCUCCAAUUCUUUCUUUUUCUCCAAUUCAUUUUGGACGUUUGCACUUCAGAAGUUGUUUUUUUUUAAUUACAAGAAAAAAAAAAAAAAGGUUCCACUCAAGAUACCAAAACACCAAACUGCUUUUGUAAAACUUGAAUUGCAUGGUAUAGUUUUUUCCUGCUAGCUGUUUUAAUUUGACAAAGUUUUUUCCAAACCGAGAAGAAGAUAAAAAAAAGAUAAAUUUUGUUUUAACUCUAUUUUCAAACUGAGAGAUGUCGUGCUUCUUCGUUUUUACAAAGUGUGCAGUCUUUAAUUAAUGAUUCUCGUGUAAAAGUGAUUGUGAAAACAUAUGAAGUAGCGGUGCUGCGUUAUAGUGUUUUUUUUUCCUUUAAAGAAAAGAGAGCAGAAAGUGAAUUUCGAUUUAUAUAUAAAAAAGAAGUGAAUCAGACCACAGACAAAAGUAUAGGCUACUUAAAGGGAAGGUAUCAGGACAUUCCUUUAACAUAAAGCUUUACCAAUGUGUGGCUGCAGUGCAUGGCCCCACGCACGCAGCCUUUCUGUCAGGACUUGACCCUCCAGUGAAAGUUGCCAAGAAGGACUAAAUGCAAGAAUUGAGGAGAAUUAAAAAAAAAAAAGCACUGAGCGUAUUCCAUGUACAGAAAUGCUAAAAGUUAAUGUUUCUGUUGAACCCUCUUUUACAGAAUGUAAAUAAUUUUUGUGUUUGUGUUAAGUUUGCUACAAUUUUAACACAAAGUAUACUUCCAAGAAGUAUGUAAUUGUCAAUAUUUUGUCAAUAAAGUUUU